AUGGCAUCUUCUCUCCGCGGAGCCAACUUCCCUCUAUUAUGGAACAGAGAGCCGCUGUCAAGUCUUCUUCUCGGAGUGACCGUCCAUUUGAAUGCGUGUUUCGCACCACUUCUGUUUAUCGCAGAAAUAAGCUGCUUGGUUCUAAAGUACACUCAUCUGCAUGUAACCUAUAAGGUUAUCUUAGUCGUCGUACUGUUAGUCCACAUUUUAGUGGAGAUUGUGCGUCUCCUUCUUGCUGUCGUGGGGAAUCUUGGCGAAAAGAUCCCCGCAAUGUCCGGAUUUUGGACGUUGACGGUUGUACUGCAGUUGCCUGUUCUCUUAUUCCUCUUACUCAACAAUGCGGUGGCUCCUGUUCCGCUGGAAAUAAUAAUGUUGACACUCCACUUAAUAUUUCUUGUCACGGAGAUCAUCGCUGGAUUCAUCGCUAUGAGGGUAAUGGCAGCACAGCAGAUCAAACUGUUCAAGACGAUGAUUGAAGAAAGCGAAAAAUGA